GGAAGAGGCAGGCGCUGAAAGCAGAGCAGCUCAUACCGUGAAGGGCUGGAAAAUAGCAGCUUCAGUCCAUAAAGAAAGGAGAAGCAAAAUCCAAAAGGAGAAAGAGGUGUUUGCCAUAAAGAAAGGUAAGAGCUGAAACACUUUCCUGUUCGACUUACUGACUCAGAGGGUUGUUAAGAAACCCCACAGGUGUGGCCAGGUGACACACAUUAUACCCGACUGCUCGGACAUGUGCGUCUCCGUGAGAGGGGCAGAGUGAGAAAGAAUCUAUUUGCUGUGAAUUUAAACAUCAGUGAAGGCAGGAGGACACUUCCUCCCUCCUCUGCACGAGGUUCUGCUCAUGGCAAGACCGACAUCCACUCCAAACUGUUCUCAUCUCAUUGACCACAGCCACGUCCAGGAGUUUGAGGUGGCUUUGUGGAUCAAGAUCAUUAUGGCCUUAAUCUACAUCCUCAUCUUUGUUGUGGGCAUCUUGGGGAACAGCAUCACCAUCAAAGCCACCAGGAUCCUGCAGAAGAAAGGCUACCUGCAGAAGGAAGUCACCGACCACAUGGUGAGCCUGGCCUGCUCUGACUUGCUGGUCAUCCUGCUGGGCAUGCCCAUGGAGUUCUUCAGUGCCAUCUGGAGCCCCUUUUCUACCCCCAAUGGCAACAUUGCCUGCAAGCUCUACUACUUCCUCUUUGAAGCCUGCAGUUAUGCCACUGUGCUGCACGUUGCCACCCUCAGCUUCGAGAGGUACAUCGCCAUCUGCCACCCCUUCAAGUUCAAGUCUCUGUCUGGACCCCGCACAGUGAGGCUGCUCAUUGCCUUUGUCUGGGGGACAUCCAUCUUGGUGGCUCUGCCCCUGCCCUUUGCCAUGGGCACAGAAUAUCCCCUGGAAAUCAUUGAGGGCUACCGAAGUACCACGGCCUGUGUCAGACCUUCUCCCAGGCACCACAUACCCGAGCUGAAGGAGAACAUGACCAUCUGUACCAACCUCUCCUCCAGGUGGACUCUCUUUCAAGCCAGCAUCUUCAGUGCCUUUGCUGUGUACAUCAUAGUGCUGGGAUCUGUCACCUUCAUGUGCCACAGCACGAUGAAAGCCUUGAUGAUCCACAAGGAAGGAACUGUGGCAGUGAAGGGAGAAAAAAAGCACCGGAAGUACCUAAGGAAAAGUGAGAGCUCAGAGGGCAAGAGCUCCAGGAGGCAGAUCAUUUUUUUUCUGGGUAAGAACCCUGUCCUCCUCUGCCUCCCCUCUGUCCUCUGCCCCCUUUCCACAUGGGAAGGAAGACCAGAAGUCUCCAAUUCAUCUCGCCAAGUUCCCCCAAAUGGGGAAUGUAUGGUUGGAGACUGGUACAAAAUGAGGGAUAGGCAAUACUUUUAG